ACUAAUGCCCAGAGUGCCAUUACUAGAAUAUCCAGGGGCAUUUUCUUGAAUAUCAUUCAUGAGUCUUAGGUGACAUGAAGACCUUGCUUCAAAAGCAAGAUCAUUGAGAUAAAAGGGAAAAGAGAGCAGUUGGGUGCGACUCCUGUGCCUGUGCCAUCCUUUUGAGUUAAAGCAGAGCUCGAGAGAAUGCCACAAGUGGAUGAUGAUUCAGAGAUCAACCUUCUUAAGAAAAAACUUGAAGCCUCUCUGGAAAGAGUUGAUUCAUUGGAGAAAGAAAACCAAGAGCUAAAACAGGAAGCAAGCCGUCUAAAAGUGCAAAUAAGCUCCCUCAGAGCAUACAAUAAUGAGAGGAAGACCAUUCUAUGGAAGAAGCUGCAGAGCUCCCUGGAUGGCAGCUACACAGAUGCACCUCAGCACAAACCAUCCACUUUGGUCAAUGUAUCAGAACAAAGUCCAGAAGCAGAAAAAUCAUGUACCAGAACAGAUUUCCCAGAAUCAACUGCAGAAAAACCAAUAAGGAUACCAAUUCCACCCCCAAGGCCAAAUUCAGUCACUCUCUCUUCGCCGAAGGAAGUCAAAGGAAAUAAAGCUCCAUCAGCACCAGCACCACCGCCACCACCACUGCCAUCCAAGCCGCUAGUUGGGUCAAGAGCAGUGCGCCGUGUGCCAGAGGUGAUCGAGUUGUACCGUUCACUAACCAGGAGAGAUCCCCAAAAGGAGAACAGAACCAAUCCUACAGGGUCUCUGCUAGUUGCCUCCACUAAGAACAUGAUUGGAGAAAUCGAAAACCGCUCAAGAUAUCUUUCAGCUAUAAAGUCAGAUGUGGAAAGACGUGGGGAAUUCAUAAAGUUUCUCACUAAAGAGGUAGAGUUUGCAACUUAUAGAGAUAUUUCCGAUGUGGAGGCGUUUGUGAAAUGGCUAGAUGGGGAACUAUCUUCAUUGGUUGAUGAAAGAGCUGUACUGAAGCAUUUCCCACAAUGGCCAGAACGAAAAGCAGAUGCACUAAGGGAAGCAGCUUGCACCUACCGAGAUCUGAAGAGCCUUGAAUCUGAAGUUUCACGUUUUGUGGACAACCCAAAAGAGCCUUUGACCCAGGCUCUAAGAAGAAUACAGACAUUGCAAGACAGGUUGGAGCAAAGUAUUGACAAUAUCGAUCGGAUGAGGGAAAGCACAAUCAAGAGAUAUAGGGAUCUCCAGAUACCUUGGGUGUGGAUGCUGGACACAGGUCUACUUGGUCAGAUGAAACUAAGUUCAUUGAAGCUCGCCACGGAAUACAUGAAAAGGAUAGCUAACGAACUGCAGGCUGAUGAAUGCUCAUGUGAAGAGAAUCUUAAGCUUCAAGGAGUUCGAUAUGCAUAUCGAGUACACCAGGUGGUUUUGAUGCAGAGACCAUACAAGCAUUUGAAAAACUAAAGAAAGCCGGAUUGGAUAGUGAAAAAUGAACGCAUGCGUUGCUAAACACCCCGUACAAGUUAGAAUAUUAUAAUUGUUCAGUGGUAUACUGCAAAUCCACUGGCAAGUGAAAUAUCCUUGCUAGUUUCUUCAUGUAAGUUUUUCAAUGAUUACAUAUAUGGGUAUAUAUUUUAGACAA